AUGGAAAGUAAUCCUUUCAAAGCCUCACACGAUAUUUAUUCUGAUGUUUUCACAAAGAAAAUGAGACGCACUUCCUCUUUUGAUAAUAAAAAUCCACUUCAUCAACAUUCUCACAUAAAAUUUUCUACGUCAUUAACACCGGAUUGUUUCGCGGAAAUUUUGGUUCAUUUACAAGACGACAAAUCAACGUUAUACAAUUGUUUAUUUUUAAAUAGAUUAUGUUGUCGUCUGGUCGUUCCAUUAUUAUGGAAGCGUCCAUUCGAUUUAAUUCAACAGACUUCUCACUCCGCUGAAAGAGGAGAAACUUCUUCUUCAACGCUCAACUCAUUGGAAAGAAAUGCGACAUUAAUCAUUAAGACUUAUAUAUCAUGUCUACCAUCAUCGGAAUUACAAAGAUAUUCCAAGGAAGGGAUGAUCAUUCCAGAAAUGACUCGUCCAUUAUUUGAUUAUCCAACUUAUUUAAAAGGCUUUGACGUCGCGUUACUUCAUUCCUCAAUCGAGUAUUACUUCACCAAACUACUAAGAAAUACCAGGUUGAUGCAUUAUAAAUCUCCUUCAUUUAAUCCAUCAACUUACUUGGCUCAAUGGAUAGUGAAUAAAAGCAACUCUCUUCAUUCGCUGAAUUAUCAAUACGUCACUGAGGACGCAUUAAAAUCCGUUGACAUUUCAUCUUUCAAAAAUAUUGAAUUGAAGUUACAACGAUUAACCAAAUUUGAUUUCAUUUACUUUCCUCAACGAUCAUUUAUUAAUGAUAUUAAACCGAUAAUUUCUGAAUUAUUCCUUACUCUAAGUAAAACUUCAACGAAUAUCCACGAAGUUAAACUCAUUUUGAACAAAUCUUCUGAUCCACCCAUUCAUCAAAUUUGUCAUUUCUUGUCAAGUUUACGUUAUUUAACUACUUUUAAAUCAAAUGAAUUUUGGUUAAAUGAUGAUCCCACCUUUUUGGAUGUCUUUUACUCUCUAAGUAAACAUUUAAAUACUUUGGAAUAUUUGGAAUUCUCUGAUUUGUGUCACCUCAAUCGACCUUUAUUGGAAUUACUCUCUAAUUGUAAACGACUUAAAGUGUUGGAAUUUAAAGGGUUCAAUUUAUCUCAACAUCGUCAACAACGAUCAAGUUCGAAUGAUUUCUCUGAUUAUUUGUUCGGGAGAAGUUGUGUGGAUUCGACUCUGGGAGAUAGUUCAGGAGAAUAUAGCAGCAGCAACAAUUUCGUUUCUAUCGGGGAGGAGAAUAUCAAUCCUUCAUAUAACAUUUCGGUGGAAAAUUUGAUUAUUCAUAGAAAUCAGAAUGCGAAUUCAAUCAUCCCUUUACUUAAUUUGAUAUCCCCUUUCUCAUUACGAAAACUUUACAUUGAAAAUACUACCCCUGAAAUCAUCAAUAUUAUUUCAUCCCAAUUCAUCUCCACUUUAACUCACUUAUCAAUUCGUCCUUCAAAUGGCGUCUCCUUUGCCACGUUUGCUACCUCUCUAAAGAAAUUACUCAAGAGAAAAGAUUGUAAUUUACAAAGUUUCUCAUUGAAAUUAUCGAGGUAUGAUGGUCACACCUUGGAUGAUUUGAGGUCUAUCUUUGGCGCCCUUCAAAAACGGGUUAUUCACCUCACGUUGGAUACCGGGAAAGAUACUGAAUAUUUGGACAUUGUGAAUAAUUUCUUGAAGAAAAACAAAGAUAUCAUGAGAAUUAGAUUUAUUGUUAAUAAAUUGAUCGCUGAUAAUGUCAAGAAUAUUGUUAGAAACGUAAAAUCAAAGUCAAAGAGAAAUUUGGAAAUCGUGGUUCGAGCUUCUAAUCAAUUACUAGCCGAUUGGACCUCUUUGGAGCAGAGCGUCUAA